AUGGCGGACGUACUGGACCUUCAUGAGGCGGGCGGCGAGGACUUCGCCAUGGACGAGGAUGGCGACGGUAGGGAGGGGGGGGGCUGAUGAAUUCUGACUUUGCUUCUCCCCAGUAUUAUUAGUAUUAACGGUUAAUUUAAUUCACUAGUCACAGCAGCCCUGUAAGGUAGGCCGGUGUGACCAUUUCCUAUAUUGAGUAGAGGGUGGUGACGGUGGCGCUAUCGUUUAGAUGAGAAAGAUGGAACGAUUUAUAUACCGCUUGAUCAAAAUAAACAGCACCUUGAGGUGUUGAAGGCUUGAGGUACCCAUUUUUAGGACCCUCCUUGUUUCUGUAAUUCCAAUAACUGCUUUUAAUACUGUGUUUUUGUUGCUGUAACUCGCUCUGGGACCUUGGGGUGAAGGGCGAGUGAAUUAGUAAUAAAAUACAUGGCUGAGGCCCUAGAGACAGAAGAAAGCAAGCGCUUGGAACAGCCCCGCAUUGUAGUCUACUAUUAUUACCCCUACUUUGCAAAAGAGUCUGUCGUGGACUGCCCCCCCCCGCCCCCGCCCAAGGCUGCACUGUAUUGUUAGGAGACCUUCACAGCCCUGUACUGUAUCCUUGUUUUGUAAAGGAGGGAAGCUGAGGACAAAGAAUAAAAGUUUUACCUAAGGCCAGUUAGUGAGUUUCGUUUGCAACAGUAGCCAAUGUGGUGCCCUCAAGAUGUUGUUGGACUGCAACUGCAACAUCCGGAGGCCACACAUGAACCUUUUAGGAAAGCUUUCCUUGCAGGGUGGCUUACAAGUAAUAGACUAAUUACAAUACAGUGGUGCCUCGCAAGACGAAAUUAAUGCGUUCUGUGAGUUUUUUCGUCUUGCGAAGCACGGUUUCCAUUUUUUCAAAAAAGUCUUCAAAAACCUCAAAAAAGGCUACCACACCGCGUGCUAUGAGUUGCUCCUCGAAGUCAAGUCGCAACUGCACCUCUUCAAGCAAUGCACCCUGUAUUACUGUAACGGUUUUAAGAAAAAGGAAACAAACUUGCAAGACGUUUUCGUCUUGCGAAGCAAGCCCAUAGGGAAAUUUGUCUUGCGAAGCAACUCAAAAAACCAAAAACUCUUUCGUCUUGCGAGGCAUUCGUCUUGCGAGGUACCACUGUAUAGAAAACACAUGAUUAAAAACUUAAGAACAUGCUAGCUACAAUACAGUAGGUAACAGGUCCAUGCUAAAUAUUGAAACAGUUAUGCUAUACUUUCCCAAUACAUUCCUCUACUUCCUUCCGUGGGUUGAUUCUGGUGUUGUUUUCUUCCCCAACCCCAUUUCAUUAGUUGUUUCCCAUCUCAGUGGUUUAAGGCAGCCUUUGCUGACCUGGUGCCCUUCAACUACAACUCCCAGCCAGGUGGGUGAAGGCUGGAAUAAGCUGCAUCUCGCUCAAGGUUUCCUCCACUCCCAGGCAACAUGUGUACAUAAUGCCUUGGAUAGGGCUUGAGAGUGCAUGCAGGUAGAGACAUGACACCCAUUUAGAUAGUCACUUUGACCCAGCCUGUUUGAUCUCUCUGCAGAAAGCAUCCACAAACUGAAGGAAAAAGCGAAGAAGAGGAAAGGCAGAGGGUUUGGGUCAGGUAAGGUGGCUGCCUCAUAUAUGUUGCUUAGAUGUGUGUGUUUAUCUCAGAGGUUACGUUAUUCGAUUGUCUUCCCUUCUUUUGCCUGAAAAAUAUCAGUGGCAGUACAGUGGAACCUCAUGUUACGUACCAUCCUCCUUACGAAUGCUUCAGGUUACGAGCUCCGCUAACCCAGAAGUAGAUGCUCCCGGUUGCGAACUUUGCCCCGGGAUGCAAGCUGGAGUCGCGCGUCGGUGGCGCGGCAGCAGUGGGAGUUGCCAUUCGCAAAAGCGCGCCUCAUGUUAAGAACGGUUUCAGGUUACAAACGGACCUCUGGAUUGAAUUAAGUUCGUAACCGGACGUACCACUGUAUUGCCAGUUGCUUUGAUCUGCCGUUGGUUGCCACGGGGAUCAGUGGGCUGCCAGUUAAAGCUGGUCUUGCUGGGUAGCCAGAUUUUGUUCUUACCACUGCCCUUAGAGGAAAGGGCACGGUGUUGUUGCCAACCUCACACUGAGUUUUCUCCAUAGCCCUGUAUAAUUGCCCUCAAAGCAGAAAGGGUGUGCUCAACACUCAUGCUUAGUUUCCAACUUGCCAGAGUGCAGGAAUCACAUUCAUUGCUCCUGGACAGCUGCAACAGCCAGAAAAAGUGGACAGCCUUAUGAGCAGGCUCUCAAGCUGUGGCUGUGAGGGGAGGUGGCUGCUUUCUGGGGGAGUUACUCUGUGGAGUGUUUGACCUCCGGGGGAAGCAUUGGAAAGCACAGGGUUGUCAUUUUGGAGGCACUCAGAGCCCCUUCCCUGAAGGAGUUUUAUUAGGGAACAUCAUUGCAGGUGCUUCAGAGGGGAUGACUGUGCAGAGUGCUAUACUUUCUAGUUAUUGGGACUAAGGAUGUGAGAUCUGGGUUGUGGUAUCCCUGAGGGUGAAGCCUGGGGAAAGCUGUCUCUGCUGCUGAUGUGUAAUUACAUGCCAUUAACCUAAAAUAAGGGUGUGGGUGUGUUGGGAGGGUUCCACAGCACCGUUAGUGCUUUCUAAAUCAUAUUCUGGUUGCUUUGUUUUUUGUUUCUUUGUGUGUUGGUGCAUACAAUCAGAGGAGGGUUCCAGAGCCCGUGUCCGUGAGGAUUACGACAGCGUGGAGCAAGAUGGGGAUGAGCCGGGUCCCCAGAGAUGUGAGUACGUGUCCAGAGAGCAUGUUCUCUCUCCCAUGUCCCGCCCACCCUAAUUGGCCAAUGGUAACCUCUCUUUCCUUUGCAUGGGGCAGCCCAUGUUGAGAUGUGUUCCUCCAAGCACAGCUUAUGACUCUUUUUUUGUCCUGCUCUUCGUUGUUACAGCGGUGGAAGGCUGGAUUCUCUUCGUCACGGGUGUCCACGAGGAGGCCACCGAGGAGGACAUUCAUGACAAGUUUGCAGAGUUUGGGGAAAUCAAGAACCUCCACCUGAAUCUUGACCGGCGGACAGGUUACCUGAAGGUACAGGGGUGUAUGCUUUUGUGUUCUUUCUGGACAUAGUCAAGGAACACACCUUAGUAGUGCAUUGCUAUAACUACCAAAAGCCUCAGAUCUUCUCCCUGUGGCAGCAGGCACAGAUAGGUUCUAGAAGCUGGGGGAGUGGGAGCUAUCUGCAGGUUUCUCAAAAGAGCCAUGGGACAUGCACAAAAGGCAUUGAAAGGAAAGCAUAAGAAGAGGAGGUUGCUUUUGUCAAUAUGUUGUUGCAUUUUGUCAGCCUUAUUUCUUGCCAGUGUGCUUGUCAGUGGUGAAUCCUGCUACAAAUAAGGUGUCCUGGGAUCAAUCAGUUAGUCUGACCAGGGGAAGUUUGUUCAGACUGCAGUAGUGGAAGAGAAGGAAAGCAAGGACUCUCCAUCAGUUCAACUGAGAGACCAGCAACUUUUGGCACCUAGUGCUCUUGAACUGUUUCCCAUUCCAUCCAGUUGUUAAAAUAACUGUAUGACUAAGAAUGUGAGCCUGAGUUUGCCCUUUUCCUUCUCCUUCUUGCUCUCUUUUCCUUCUGUAUUAUGUCCUUUAGAUUUGGCUGAAGAACAGUCUAGAAACCCUUCCAAUAAAUGUUUGAGUGAAUUAUGUUUCUUCCCCUGAACGUCCUCGUAUUUUACAGGGCUACACCCUGGUAGAAUAUGAAACAUACAAAGAAGCCCAGGCAGCCAUGGAGGGACUGAAUGGACAAGACCUUAUGGGGCAGCCGAUCAGCGUGGAUUGGUGUUUUGUCAGGGGACCUCCGAAAGGGAAGCGAAGGUGAGAUUUUCCCAUGAAGAAGUGGGACGAAAUUGUACAUUUUUUGUCACAGUGAGCUAAAAGGUGGUGCUUACAGCAAACUAAUAAUACUACAGCUCUUUUUCUGUCUUCUGUAUAUGUUAAAGCAGGAAAGCUAAGAUGAAUUUAAUCAAAAGAUCUGGCUGUUGUCUGGGCCCCGUUAACCUGUUUUUGCAAAACAAUUUGAACAUAACGGAAGACACACUUUACAUACCCUUUUCUAAUUGUCCGUAGUUUUUUAUGUGUUCUGUUUUUUGUCUUCAUGAUCUCUGAGACUCCCUGCCACUGUUCCCAAUUUCAGAAAGGGAACUGAGUCAAGGCUGCCCAGUGGACUGAUUAUGCAGCACAAGCAUGACCUGAACCCAGGGCUAAGGCACUGAGACUGAUCGGGGGGGGGGGUCCUGUGUAAUUGCAUAAACAAGAUUAAAUUGCAAACAUUUUUGGCUUUGGGGCCUGCCAGAUUCUGGUCUUUUGCCAGCAGCAAGCUCUCUUCUUCAUCUACCACUUCCACACUGUGCUUAGAGUUGCCCUCCGUUUGUGGCUUUGGGGCAUGAUAAAUGGAGCGCAGUUCUCCAGCAGAUACUUCAUGAGCCCCAUCCAGUCUUGUUAACUUUCUCAGCUUUUGCUUAUGGAGAGAAACUCAGCAUAAUUUAAUGGACCUCUUUGUCUCCUCUCUUUCCUCUCAGGGGUGGCCGUAGAAGGAGCAGGAGUCCUGACAGAAGGAGGCGCUAA